AUGCUCCUCACCACCCGUCUCUUGACAGCAACCGCUGCCUUUGCAGCCCUCACCUACGCUCAAGACCAAAACCAAAACCAACAAGCCGGCUCCGAAUCCCAAACCCAAGAUGCCGCAGAGCUCCUCUCUGUCGUCUCAAUUCUCCAAACGGCCCUCCCAUCCUCCCUCCUCAACGAAGCCCUAACCAACUCCGCUGGCGUCUCCUCUCAAAUCGCCUCGCAAUUCGCCGCAGGUGAAACCCCAGGCUGGUUUUCUAGUCUGCCGAAUGAGGUCAAGACUUAUCUUGUUCCGACCUUGACGGAUUUGCCUACUCAGACUGGAGUGUCAUCGAUGAUGACGGAGACGGGUAGUAUGACUACGGGAACAGGUGAGAUUCCUUUUCUGUCUCUUCUUCUAUUCGGCGAGGUUGGGUUUAUGGUGUAUGGAAUGCUGACUGAUGUGGUUGUAGAUCGCUCGAGCAGUACACGUAGCAGCAGGACGAGUACUGCGACGGAGAGCUCGAGGACUAGUGAGGCGGGUGCGGGUGCUGCGGCUGCGACUGGGGCUGUGGUGGCUGGUAUGGCGGGUCUUGCAGGUUUCUUCGGUGUUCUGGCUCUCUGA